AUGAGCGAAUCAAUGGAUAAGGAGUUCCUUGGUGAUGAGGAUUGUUUGGAGGCCCCACCGGGUGUCUGUACACCUCGAGGAGAUGGCAGCGAAGCUGCUGCUGCAGUGACACUGAGUCGCCGCAACAGCAGCAGCAGCAAUAGCAGCAAGGGCAGCAAGAGCAGCAGCAGCCGCAGGGGCCCUCUCAUGCAUUCCCCUGCUUCUGAUUUGCUGCUAACUUCUCAGUCAACAGCGCUGCACAGCCUUUUAGCCUCCCGAGAGUCUCCUCUCAGCCUACCAGCAGCAGACGACAGCAGCAGCAGCAGCAGCAGCGGCAGCAGCAGCAGCAGCAGCAGCUGUCUCUACACCCAAACAGUUAUACCCCUACAACUACUCCCCCACAACCACCGCAUAGCCAGCCCUUGCAUCCUGCAGCACAGAGUCGCGGGCUCACUUGGUGCUGCUGGUGGAGCUGCAGCGAGUGCGCAGCGAGCUGGCUAG